AUGUCCUCCAUCCUGCCGUUCACCCCUCCCAUCGUCAAGCGGCUCCUGGGCUGGAAGAAAGGGGAGCAGAACGGGCAGGAGGAAAAAUGGUGCGAGAAGGCGGUGAAGAGCCUGGUGAAGAAGCUGAAGAAGACGGGGCAGCUGGACGAGCUGGAGAAGGCGAUCACCACGCAGAACAUCAACACCAAGUGCAUCACCAUCCCCAGGUCUCUGGAUGGCCGGCUGCAGGUGUCCCACCGCAAGGGCCUUCCCCAUGUGAUCUACUGCCGGCUGUGGCGGUGGCCGGACCUGCAUAGCCACCAUGAGCUGCGGGCCAUGGAGAUGUGCGAGUACGCCUUCAACAUGAAGAAGGACGAAGUCUGCGUGAAUCCCUAUCAUUACCAACGAGUGGAGACCCCAGUGUUACCUCCAGUGCUGGUGCCUCGGCACACGGAGAUCCCAGCUGAGUUCCCACCGUUAGACGAUUACAGUCACUCUAUUCCAGAGAACACUAACUUCCCAGCAGGCAUUGAGCCGCAGAGCAACUACAUUCCAGAGACACCUCCUCCAGGCUAUUUGAGUGAGGAUGGAGAAACCAGUGACCACCAGAUGAACCCCAGCAUGGAUGCAGGUUCUCCAAACUUAUCACCAAAUCCUGUGUCUCCAGCACACAAUAAUCUGGAUCUGCAGCCUGUUACCUACUGCGAGCCGGCGUUCUGGUGCUCCAUAUCCUACUAUGAACUCAACCAGCGCGUGGGGGAGACUUUCCACGCCUCGCAGCCCUCCAUGACCGUGGACGGUUUCACCGACCCGUCGAAUUCUGAACGCUUCUGCCUUGGUCUGCUCUCUAACGUGAACAGAAAUGCAGCGGUGGAGCUCACAAGACGACACAUCGGGAGAGGAGUGAGGCUGUACUACAUAGGUGGCGAGGUGUUUGCCGAGUGCCUUAGUGACAGUGCCAUUUUUGUCCAGUCUCCCAACUGCAACCAGCGCUACGGCUGGCACCCAGCAACAGUCUGCAAGAUCCCACCAGGAUGUAACCUGAAGAUUUUUAACAACCAGGAAUUCGCAGCUCUCUUGGCGCAGUCUGUCAACCAGGGCUUCGAGGCUGUGUACCAGCUGACCAGGAUGUGCACGAUUCGGAUGAGCUUCGUCAAGGGCUGGGGAGCAGAAUACAGGCGGCAGACGGUGACCAGCACUCCCUGCUGGAUUGAGCUGCACCUCAAUGGCCCCCUGCAGUGGCUGGACAAGGUGCUCACGCAGAUGGGCUCCCCGAGCAUCCGCUGUUCCAGCGUCUCCUAAGGAAGCACCUCCUGGGGGCGGGCGGGGGAGCAAAGACUGGAGAAUGGAAUUGGCUGAACCCUUAGCAAAACACAUAGAGAAGAGAUUCCCAGUUACUGAAGUGAUAAGGAGAAACGAAUCUGCUAAAAUAGUGGCUUUUCUUGGUUUUGUUUCGUUGUUUUUUGUUUUUUUUUUUAAACCCAUUGAAGCCACUUCCACUGAAACUGUUAGCACUUUGGUUACAAGGCUGCGGGCCCUUGCAGUUAGAAUGAAGCUGAAGUUUAUCACGAUAAAAGAUGACUUUGUUUCAGCGGAGAGAAGCCAGUGCUGUGCCUCCAGCCGUGGCACGUCCCAUCCGCCCCACGCAGCCCCAGCGUCUCCGACACACGCCAUGGGUCUUUGGGAUGACUCUUGCUCGUGCGUUGCUGUCCCCAUCCAUGGAUGGAGAUGCACGCCCGUUCUCCCUGGGGUGGCAGCAGUAGGGGGAAAAGGAAGCACGUAAAGCACAGGCAAGGACUGAUUCCCCAGUACUGCUCCCAAAAGGAACGGAUUUCCACGCCGCACAGCUCACUGAGAGGCAGCACCUUGCUUUGUGCCCAAGCUGCUGCUGUGCCCUGCUCGUCUCGGACUGGAUUCACGUGAAGCAGAGGCCAAAGUCACGGCUCUUUCUGACACUGCUGCGGCAACUUUUGACUAGAGCCGCUCACGGACAGACAUUGGGAGUGUGAGGAGCUCUUGCUGGAUAAGUUAAGCCUUUGUUAUUGUGCAUUAACUAAAGAAAGUUUGUAUUCUAUUUUCUCAUUGUGUUGAAUGGUAUCUGCCACUUCUUAAGUCUUAGGGGCUUAGUGAACUCGGUGCCCAGGUCUGCUCUGGAGAUGGCUCUUGCUGCCAUUUGCAGAAAACCCAAUUCCAUAGGUUAUGCUACGGUCAGACGUGACUGUGCAGCAACCAGGACAUCUCAGAUGCACCAAAAAAACUCAGUUAAAAACUUACUUCAUCUGACGAAAAUGCUCUGAGAUGUGUUCUCACCUGGAGAAACGGAGAGAGUGUAUUACCAUGUAUUAUAAAAUGUUCAUUUGAAAUAUACAUGCUCCAGACUGCUCAGUAUUUUUUUCCCUGCAGCAACUGUCGUGGCAAACAACUUCCACAACUGGAAAAAAAAAACCUUAGCACUUGUUUUUACGGUUCCAGUUUGCCAAUUAAGUCUCAUAACUUUGUCAGUGCUGUCCGGUUAUUUGCUUCUUUACACCUGUGUUGAAUGCCAUACGUGUUUGUGCCAAAAUAUUAGAAGGGGGAGGGGAGAAAAUGAUAAUCAGAAUUUCUUAGGGAAUUAGUUUUUCUCUAUCUACUCAACGUGUGGCUCUGGGAAGGACAGGCUGCGAGAGACACUGGGCGGUUUGUGUGAAGGCCUGGGCCCUGAAGAGCGUUCUGCUCCCAGGCUCAGUGCCUUGUGACGCCUUUCAAACACUUCCAGGAUCGCCCUCGUGCCCGCCUGUCUGCAGGGAGGCAGGGAGGCUCUUUGCAUGUGCUCAUCUGCUCUGUCCUUCAGCCCCACCGCUUGGCUUGGACCCGAGGCAUCAGCAGGACCCGGCUGGGACACAGAGCAGAGGUGUUGCUUCACCAGGCAGACACAGGGAUGCUCCCGAGGAGUCUUCUUCCAGAAAUGACGUUUUGUUUCUGAACUCUGGGUGAGCUGCGGUGGUGCAGGUGGCAGGGUCCCGGGUGAGCUUUCCCUGUGCAGCACGGCUUGUAUCAUAGCGCUGGAGGUUUUCUAGGACUUCGUUUUCACUUUUUGUUUCUGCCGUGUGUCUCAGUUAAAUCUCUGAUUGCGUGGACUUGUGCAAGAAGACCACCUAUACAAAGUAGUGUCUUUGAGCCGCCUCAGUAGGGGUGUCUGUCAUCAUGGGCUGAUGAAGCACGUGCUUUUGGGUACAGCUUUCUAACAGCUGCAAAGAGUAAUUUAUUCAGACUUCUGUGGAAAUAUUUGACUUUCUGUUUUAGUGAGAGAGGAGAGGAUCUGCUCCGUAAGAUUGUCCCACGUUUCCUACUCGAGCGUCUUCAAGGCACGUUCGCUUUUUACCACUUUGCUUUAUCUCCAUAAUCAUCAAAAAGUUGGGCUCUGCGGUGUCUUGUGCACCAGCGACCAAAACAGCACCUUAAAUUCUGGCAUCAGACAGCUCAUUCCCCCUGUGUGUGCAGGACCCAGCCUGACCCGGGGCACUAGCUGGAGUAAGCCCUGCCUUUAUACAGAGCCUGCACGGAAUCGCCUCAGCCAAAGUAAGAACUGGACCUGGAUUCCCUCUGCAAACCAGAUUUGUGUGUUUAAUUUGAUGAAGGACAGCGAGUUGCUGACCGCUGUUAACAGAUGCCUCUUUUGAAACAGGAUCUGGAUGAUGCGUAAAAACUCUGGUUAGUCCCACCUCAUCAUCCCUCCAGUAAAUGACUUCCAAUGGAAAGCAUAAAGCUGCUCUAGCGAUGCCAUUAGAUAAAACGGAGAGAUGGUCUUCACUAAAGUAGUCAUGUCCUCUCCUCCCCAUUGUUCGCCUCCUCACUAAUGCAUAAAAGCUUCAUGGUUUCCAGCGUUACCUUAUGAAGCCAAAUGGGAAGCCCUGUGCCACGCAGGCCGGGGAGGGGCCAUGAUCCUUUCACUUUGCCCAGCAGCAGCGAGGUGGGCAGGUGAAAGCCAAUUCCCUGCCGAGCGCUGGAUCCCGGCACCGAAGGGAAGAGGGCACGGGGCUGCUCGGCGCUGGCGGUGCCCCCAAGUACACAGGGCUUAGUCUUCAUUUUACAUUUUUUUCCAAAACUCUAUGGAAGUAGCUUUGAUAUGUAGCACGGGUGUAUGCCGUCAGCCUGCCCUAGAUGAUGACACGACUGGAUGGAGUAUCUAUCUCCUCGAUGGCGGCCUCGGGUCGUUUCACCAGGAUUUCAGACGUUUUCAUUACUAGUGGAGUCACUAGCAGGAACUUUGACUCUUUUUAAUUAGUGUAGCUGUACACAAGGGCCUGGCUGCUGGCAGAUGACACUGAUGGCCCUGUGGUUUUAUGUGACUGUGGAGUUUUUUUUUUUUUUUUAAUUGUUAUUAUUAACGUAUUGAACUGAAUUGCAGUGUGUAUUUUGCGUUAAGCUUGUCUUAGAAUUAAUCCAGUGCUAUCCAUUUGAUGCAGUAGCCAGAAUCAGCAGGUGUACGCACGAAGACAGAGAAAUCUGAUUGCAUCCAGUUUCCUCACAGCUCCAGUACCCCGUUACCACGAGCAGGCUGCAGGUGGCCUUUCAGACAGCGGGAAACAACCCCAUUUCCCCUCCCCUACAGCAUGGGCACGCUUCGAACCGUGCAGGUCUUUACAGGUCGAAGAAUAUUCAGGACUCCAGCUCGAGCAGCAAGUGUUAGCAUCCACACCUCGUGCUGUUGCUAAGUAGAAAAAGCACAAGGAGCGAGAAGAGCACAGCGCAGUGAGGGACAUCAGCCCUGUCACAAAGCAUCUGUGAGCUUUCCUAGUGCUCCAAGGCACCGGAUAGGUAGGAGGGGUGGGAUAUCACAAAUAAGCUGGGAAGCUAGGAGGGGAAGUAAUUAGUCACUAUAUCGUAGUUGAUGGAGCGGUAUGGUUAAGAAAUUCAGCGUAUGUUUUUUAUUAUGUACAUGCUUGUAUUUAGGUUGUCUUUCUUGAGUAUUCAGAUGAAUCAAAUGCUUAACUUUUAACAGAAAGGGCAAUGCAGAAUUCCGAGCGUUAAAUCUUUCCUGUGUCCCUUUCUGGGACUGCUAACGAGGCAGUUACUGACGUGAGAACAAGAGACGCAUCUCAGAGCUGGGCAACAAGUGCUGGCAAAGAAGGCAACACGAGGACGUCUCCAGCAGGAGUCUGUACCCGAGCUGUUGUUUUACCUUUUUAGCAACGAGUCAGGUUCCCAGAUGGGCCCUUCCUUCAGUCGUGUUCUUCAGGUCUUUUCAGAUUUACGAGGCUUUAAAAAGAAAACAGCACAGCGUUCUGUAAAUGCUUUGGUUCAUCCUCAUCCUCGCGUUUCCUCCGGUUUGUGGAUAUGAGAGGAGUCUGCGCCGCUCUGCUGCUGGGGCGCACGCCGUGCUCUCCCCACGGAGGCAGCCUACUUCCUUCACUCCCGAUUGAACUGUUCCCCUUUGAUAGAUACGUAUGAGCAUGUAUGCAGUAGUUUAGGUUUUCUUAACCUGAGAUUGUAUGUUAACGAGCGGUGGUGUCACCUACAUGCUUUAGCUUGUUGAGCAUUAUGCGCCUAUUUUGUUACUACAGGCCUGUACUAUGUAUGCCCUCUUAUUUCAUAUGUGAAACUGUAAGUUCUAUUUUUGACAUUUUAAUAAACUUUGAUUUGAAAACUGAG